AUGGAGUGCAUAACAACUGUAUCCUACUCUUUGACCUUAAAUGGAGGACUCACAAAACCAUUUAAAGGCAAGAGGGGGAUAAGACAGGGUGACCCUGUGUCACCCUACUUAUUUGUGAUAGCUAUGGAGUACUUGAAAAGGGAAUUUAGUCAACUGGCUUUAAACAAAGAGUUCCACUUUCAUCCAAGGUGCAAAAGACUAGGAGUGGUGCAUGUGUGUUUUGCUGAUGAUCUAUUGAUGUUCUGCAGAGUUGAUUUGCAGUCAAUUAAGCUACUGCAGGAUGUAUUUUUGAAAUUUUCAAGAGCCUCAGGACUACAGGAAAAUCCUGACAAAAGCUCAGUAUACAUUGCAGGUACAACUGAGAGGAUGAAAGAACUUAUCUUGCAGGAGUUGGGUUAUAAUGAAGGCAUCUUACCCUUUAAAUACUUAGGGGUUCCAUUAGCUCCUAAAAAGCUAUCUAAUCAACAGUGUUGGCCAUUGGUUGAAAAGAUUACUGCAAGGAUCAGUUGCUGGACCUCAAAACUAUUGUCAUAUGCUGGAAGAUUGCAGCUCAUCAAGUCAGUGAUUUUUGGGAUGCAGUCUUAUUGGGCUCAGGUAUUUUUACUACCAAAGAAGAUCAGCAAAAUGAUAGAGGCAAUAUGCAGAACCUUCAUAUGGACAUGGCAGGAUGAUAUAUCCAGAAGUGCUUUGGUAGUAUGGGACAUGGUCUGUUUACCACAAACAAUGGGAGGGUUGAAUGUGAUUAACCUGUGCAACUGCAAUAAAGCUGCAAUAAUAAAGCACUUGUGGGCAAUUACAAAGAAGAAAGACUGCUUGUGGAUUCGAUGGUUCUAUUCCUACUACAUAAAGAACAGAAGCAUUGACACCAUGCCUAUACCUAAGAGUGCAGCUUGGGUAGUAAGAAAGAUUAUUGAGCAAAGGAAGUUUAUAUUAAAUCUACCAACUCUACAAGGCAAUGUGCAAGAAAGAUUGGACUCCUUACAGAGCACAAGUGGUAAAUUCAGUAUCAAGAAGCUAUAUAACUUUCAAACUCCUCAGGGUCAGAAGGUAUACUGGAAAAGUAUGAUUUUACAUCCUCAUACACAUCCUAGACACAAAUUCAAUAUGUGGCUGGCCAUUCAAAGGAGACUACCAACAGUGGAUCGACUGCAGAAAAUAGGCAUUCAAGUAGCUCAAGUGUGUGUAUUCUGUGGUCAGGAAGAAGAGAUAUUUGAACAUCUAUUCUUUGAAUGCUCCUACACAAGUGAUGUCUGGAAGAGAUUGCUAAACUGGAUGGGAAUCCAAAGACAGAUUCAAACUUGGGAGGAGGAACUGCAAUGGGUGACUUAUCAUGCUAGGAAGAAGAAAGGAAUUGGCAACAUUAUUGUAGCAGUGUUUGGCAUGCUGCUGCACAGUUUAUGGAGGGACAGGAAUUCGAUCAGAUUGCAAAAUGGAAGCACCUCAGCAGAGCAGAUAUGCCGAGAGAUCACUUCAUAUGUUCAUAUCAAAAGCCAUAUACAUAGCAAUUGGCAGGAACAUAUGGAAGCUCUAAACAGAUAUCCAUAG